AUGGAAGUUAUAUCAGCAGGGAUCACUAUGGACGAAGAGAUGGAUUGCACGUCAAGUUUAUUGACUCAGCAUGAAAGACCUGAAUGCACUGAUUCUUCUACUGAACCGAAGAGACAACGACUAGAUGAUGAUGCUGAUGAAAAAUUAACAGAUAAUGCGAUUAGAACUAAGAGACUAACUCAAUUAAAGAAAGAUAUUGCUAUCUUGGAGGCUGCAGUUCGGCGCGGUCAAGAAACGGUAGAAAAAAUGUUAAAUAUGGCGGUAGAAGACAUGGCAAUUGAUCCAUUGUCUCGACAGGAAGAUCUCUUAAGGAGGCGUCAUUCACUAAUGGCUGAGAUUACUUCUACACAAAAAGCAGCGGGAAGAAUGAACCGAGUGGAGCGUUUGCAAAACGGUUCGUUGGUGGUUAAUUUAUUGGAGAAUAUCGGAAACAGCAACGAUACUCCUUUUAUUAAAGUUGAAGCAUGGGAACUAAAGAAAUGCGGUUGUGAUUUCUGCAAUGUUUAUAAUUCAUCCCGAAUUGAGCUCCCACCACGUGUCUAA